GUGUGGACUGGGCGGGCCCAGCGGUGUUUGAGUGCUCCGCGGUCCUGAGGCAGAGACCAGGAGGCAGCUAGAGGAGCAGACGUCUCACUCCGCUCGCGGAAGGGUGUGAGAGGGGUGUGUGGGGGUCGGCAGCGAGGGGUGUGUGCCAUCAGCCACCGGCGACGAUCUGAGACAGUCGCAGCGGCUUUCCGAGCGGCGUCCGCUUCCCGCCCGGGCAGCUCCCGCCAGAGGGGUGAAGCGGCGACUGGAGUGGCCGUGCUUUUGUGCCCUGGGUCCCGGUACCCUCCCCUGGUGCGGCCCGAGGCAAGCCCACCGAGGUGACCACCCCUCGACGCCGCUUGGAGAUCCCGGGCAUCCACCCUGCGCCCCGAGCAGCUGAUACCCAGGGAGGUGUCAGGACCUGCCCGGGGCGCGGGGUCGCCGGAAGCCAGGCGGGAGCCCCGGCUGCUUUCUGGCAAUCUAGUCUCAUAAGUGACCCUCCCUGGGCUGCUUUCUUUCGAUUAUCAUCAGUGACCCUCCCCCGGCUGCUCUUCCCAGCACAACUCCGGUGCAAAGGCUUGGUUACACAUCCGGCGCUCACACAUCCUGUUGCUCGUCAUGACAGGCAUCCUGGUGCUUUGCCUCUAGCCCAUGCUCCACAGCGAGGAGAGAGAAAACCCUGAGGCACAAUGGAUGCAAAGGCCCGCAAUUGUUUGCUUCAACAUAGAGAAGCUUUGGAAAAGGACAUCAAAACAUCCUACAUCAUGGAUCACAUGAUCAGUAAUGGCGUCUUGUCAGUGAUAGAGGAGGAGAAGGUCAAAAGUCAGGCCACUCAAUAUCAACGAGCAGCCGCUUUAAUUAAAAUGAUACUUAAUAAAGACAACUGUGCCUACAUUUCAUUCUACAACGCUCUGCUACACGAGGGCUAUAAGGACCUUGCUGCGCUUCUGCAGAGUGGCCUUCCUCUUGUGUCGUCUUCCAGUGGCAAGGACACAGAUGGUGGAAUAACUUCAUUUGUAAGGACAGUGCUGUGUGAAGGUGGAGUACCCCAGAGGCCGGUUAUUUUCGUUACUAGAAAGAAGCUGGUUCAUGCGAUUCAGCAGAAGCUCUGGAAACUGAAUGGAGAACCAGGGUGGGUCACCAUCUAUGGGAUGGCAGGCUGCGGCAAGUCUGUGUUAGCUGCGGAAGCCGUUCGAGAUCACUCCCUCUUAGAAGGUUGCUUUUCAGGGGGUGUACACUGGGUUUCCAUUGGAAAACAAGACAAAUCUGGGCUUCUCAUGAAACUGCAGAAUCUGUGCAUGCGCUUGGACCAAGAAGAGAGUUUCUCUCAGAGGCUUCCACUUAAUAUUGAGGAGGCCAAAGACCGCCUCCGUGUUCUGAUGCUGCGCAAACACCCAAGGUCUCUGUUGAUCUUGGAUGAUGUUUGGGAUCCUUGGGUGUUAAAAGCUUUUGACAAUCAGUGUCAGAUUCUUCUUACAACCAGAGAUAAGAGUGUUACAGAUUCAGUAAUGGGUCCUAAGCAUGUUGUCCCUGUGGAGAGUGGUCUAGGGAGAGAGAAAGGACUUGAGAUCUUGUCACUUUUUGUUAACAUGAAGAAAGAAGAUCUGCCAGCGGAGGCUCACAGUAUUAUAAAGGAAUGCAAAGGUUCUCCUCUUGUAGUGUCUUUAAUUGGUGCGCUUUUACGUGAUUUUCCCAAUCGCUGGGCAUACUACCUCAGACAGCUUCAGAAUAAGCAGUUUAAGAGAAUAAGGAAGUCUUCAUCUUAUGAUUAUGAGGCUCUAGAUGAAGCCAUGUCGAUAAGUGUUGAAAUGCUCAGAGAAGACAUCAAAGACUAUUACACAGACCUUUCCAUCCUUCAGAAGGACGUCAAGGUACCUACAAAGGUGUUGUGCGUUCUCUGGGACUUGGAAACGGAAGAAGUUGAAGACAUCCUGCAGGAGUUCGUUAAUAAGUCUCUCUUAUUCUGUAAUCGGAAUGGAAAGUCAUUUUGUUAUUAUUUACAUGAUCUUCAAGUAGAUUUUCUUACAGAGAAGAAUCGCAGUCAGCUUCAGGAUCUGCACAGGAAGAUGGUCACUCAGUUUCAGAGGUAUUACCAGCCCCACACGCUGUCUCCAGACCAGGAGGACUGCAUGUAUUGGUACAACUUCCUAGCCUAUCACAUGGCUAGUGCCAAUAUGCACAAAGAACUUUGUGCUUUAAUGUUUUCCCUGGACUGGAUUAAAGCAAAAACAGAACUUGUCGGCCCUGCCCAUCUGAUUCACGAGUUCGUGGCAUAUAGGCAUAUAUUGGAUGAAAAGGAUUGUGCAGUCUGUGAGAAUUUUCAAGAGUUUUUAUCUUUAAAUGGACACCUCCUUGGACGACAGCCAUUUCCUAAUAUUGUACAGCUGGGCCUCUGUGAACCAGAAACUUCCGAAGUUUAUCGACAAGCAAAGCUGCAGGCCAAGCAGGAGGGGGAUACUGGGCGCCUUUACCUGGAAUGGAUAAACAAAAAAACUAUCAAGAAUCUGUCCCGCUUAGUCGUCCGCCCCCACACAGAUGCUGUUUACCACGCGUGUUUUUCUCAGGAUGGUCAGAGAAUAGCUUCUUGUGGGGCUGAUAAAACCUUACAGGUGUUCAAAGCCGAGACAGGAGAGAAACUUCUUGACAUCAAAGCUCACGAAGAUGAGGUGCUUUGCUGCGCGUUCUCCUCAGACGACAGUUACAUAGCGACCUGCUCAGCGGAUAAGAAGGUUAAGAUUUGGGAUUCUGCGACUGGGAAGCUUGUGCACACCUACGACGAGCACUCGGAGCAAGUCAAUUGCUGCCAUUUCACCAACAAGAGUAACCACCUUCUCUUGGCCACUGGGUCAAAUGAUUUCUUCCUCAAGCUCUGGGAUUUGAAUCAAAAAGAAUGUCGAAAUACCAUGUUUGGUCACACGAACUCAGUCAACCACUGCAGGUUCUCACCAGACGAUGAGCUCUUGGCUAGCUGCUCAGCUGACGGGACUUUAAGGCUUUGGGAUGUGAGAUCAGCAAACGAGAGGAAAAGCAUUAAUGUGAAGCGCUUCUUCCUGAGUUCAGAAGACCCUCCAGAGGAUGUGGAGGUGAUCGUGAAGUGUUGUUCCUGGUCUGCAGAUGGUGACAAAAUAAUAGUGGCAGCAAAAAACAAAGUCCUCCUUUUUGAUAUUCAUACUAGUGGCCUAUUGGCAGAGAUCCACACAGGCCAUCACAGCACCAUCCAGUACUGUGACUUCUCCCCCUAUGACCAUUUGGCUGUGAUUGCCCUGUCUCAGUACUGUGUGGAGUUGUGGAACAUAGACUCCCGCCUAAAGGUGGCCGACUGCAGAGGACAUUUGAGUUGGGUUCACGGUGUGAUGUUUUCUCCCGAUGGCUCCUCAUUUUUGACAGCUUCUGAUGACCAAACAAUAAGGGUCUGGGAGACAAAAAAGGUAUGCAAGAACUCUGCCAUCGUGCUAAAGCAGGAAAUAGACGUCGUGUUUCAAGAGAACGAAACGAUGGUCCUUGCAGUUGACAACAUAAGAGGCCUGCAACUCAUUGCUGGAAAAACAGGCCAGAUUGAUUACCUGCCUGAAGCCCAAGUGAGUUGCUGCUGCCUCAGUCCACACCUUGAGUACGUGGCAUUCGGAGAUGAAGAUGGAGCCAUUAAGAUUAUAGAACUUCCAAACAACAGAGUCUUCAGUUCUGGGGUUGGGCACAAGAAAGCUGUGCGGCACAUCCAGUUCACAGCUGAUGGGAAGACACUGAUUUCAAGUUCUGAAGAUUCUGUGAUUCAGGUAUGGAAUUGGCAGACAGGGGACUAUGUAUUUUUGCAAGCCCACCAGGAAACGGUAAAGGACUUCAGGCUCCUCCAAGAUUCAAGAUUGCUUUCUUGGUCAUUUGAUGGAACGGUGAAGGUGUGGAAUGUCAUUACCGGAAGAAUAGAAAGAGACUUUACUUGUCAUCAGGGCACAGUGCUUUCCUGUGCUAUCUCUUCUGAUGCGACCAAGUUUUCAUCUACCUCUGCUGAUAAGACUGCCAAGAUCUGGAGUUUUGACCUCCUUUCCCCUCUUCAUGAGCUGAAGGGCCAUAAUGGCUGUGUCCGCUGCUCUGCCUUCUCGCUGGAUGGCAUCCUGUUGGCAACUGGAGAUGACAAUGGAGAAAUCCGGAUAUGGAAUGUCUCAGAUGGCCAGCUUCUUCAUUCGUGUGCUCCGAUCUCGGUAGAGGAAGGAACUGCUACCCACGGCGGCUGGGUAACUGAUGUGUGCUUCUCUCCCGACAGUAAAACGCUUGUCUCUGCUGGAGGAUAUCUCAAGUGGUGGAAUGUUGCCACUGGGGACUCCUCACAGACCUUCUACACAAAUGGAACAAACCUCAAGAAAAUCCACGUGUCCCCUGACUUCAGAACCUAUGUGACUGUCGAUAAUCUCGGUAUUUUAUAUAUUUUACAGGUUUUAGAGUGAAAUGGCUAAGCGUUAAUGUAGUUCAGCUCCUUAAGUUUGAAUUGGAAAAAAAAUCUAAACCCUCUAUAUCAACUUUUUAUAAAGCUGUGAAUUGUACUGCAGUAUUGCAAACAUUACAAAAGUGUUUACAGCUGGGCCAGUGCUCUGUAUAGUUGGGUGAAUCAUAGUAUAUCUCCACAAAGGAACAUACUUUUACUCUAUUUUUUUAAAUAUAGUCAUCAUUGUUAUUAACAGUUUGUCCUUAACAUGCAAAUGAAAUGUAAAUAUGUACCUUGUUAUGCUAUUGGUAAAUUCUUUGAUGCAUUCAAAUUGGUUGGCAAAAUUAGUGAGAAUCAUUUGAAGGCCUUCUAUAGGUUGAUGCUGUCAUUAUGUAGGCUAUGUCCCAAGGUAAUGGUGGUCAGUUUUCUGAACCACACUUACUCCCAGGGGGUAUGGUUUUCCAAAUAAAUCAUGCUUAUUUGCACUCUUUAAAUUUGCUUUAAGAUAUUGUGUCAUGGUGCAAGCACAGUCUGCAACAUUUCUCUUGUUAACUCAGUGAGUAUUGGUUUUCAACAGUUCUUCCUAUGAGCUAGUCAUGUGUUAGAGAGAUUUCUCUCUGUAGCUCUGUGUUUAGCUGGACUCUGGCUGUCAGUGUCUGUGAAUUGGGCACCAACCACCUUGCACUCUUUUAGUUGUUUCGUUUAUAAAGACAGGGUUUAUGUAGUCCUGGCUCUCUUGGCACUCAGCAUGUACACCAGGUUAGCCUUGAACUCAGAGCUCAGCCUGCCUCUCUGCCUCCUGAGUUCUGGAAUUGAAGGCGUGUGCCAAUAGCACCUCUCUCUCUCAGUUAUACUCGACUGAGCUUGACCUCUUCUAACUUCUUCUCCAUGCUUAGGUGUUAGUCAGCCAGUGACGUGUGAAGCGGUAACACAUACUUCCCCUUUUACCUGUACAUCACCCAUGCUGUUCUCUCCACGACUUUCAAGAGUCGCAGAAACCCUUCCCCAAAACCCCCUGGGAAAUGAGACAUUUGCCCAUGUCUUCCUGGGAAAUGUGACCUCAUUGUAUUAUGCAGUGAUUGUGAUCCUCCUGCAUCAGACUCCUAAGUAGCUAGGAGAGGUGUCUUUUGAUGCAGAAAAAGCUUUGCAACAUCAGUAUCUAGUUUUGUUUUCAAUCUUCUUUUAGGAUCUAUAAUUGAAGCUUAAGUUUAAUCACUGUUCCCUGAAAUAUUAUUAAGGACAAUAGAGAUAAAUUAGUAGUAGAUGUAGUUUUCAUAUAAAAUAAAAAAUGAAAUAUCUUCAUUUUGCAAUAGGAGUUAAUGGGUCUCAGCAUUAACAGUUGACAGCCAGUGAAGCUGUUUCCAUUGUUGAUGCAUAUUACCAGCUCUGGUGUGGGCAGAGGGAACGAGGCACUCCUGUGUUUUAGAUUUACUUCUUUAUGGUGCUGAAGAUUGAAGCCAGGGCCUUGCGCACACUAGACAGGCACUCCACCGCUGGGCUACACGACCAGCCCUUCCUUAGGUGGAUUUUAGAUUAGAUAUCCUCACAGGGCAUUUUUAGGAGCUGUAAAUAGAGUGAACAAAAUCUUGUAUAGGGUUAAGGAAGGUUUUGUUUGUCAGGUUGAGGAACCACUUUACAUACUUACUGUGAUUUAAGCCAAUGUGAUGGGUGAAACAUCUCAAUUGUAUAAAACAAAUAUUUGAAGAAGUAUGUCUUGCUUAGAACUUGCUGAGAAUGAACCAAACUUUGAUUUUCAGAUAACAUUAGCGGCUCAUCUGUUCUGUAGCUGGCUAGUGAAGUGAACAGCAACCGUCAGUUUUUAAAAAGUCUUGGUCUUUUGUCUUCAAGUGGAGAGAAAGACACAGUAACUCGAAGAUGGCUGUGGCUCACACGCAGCAGCUCUGGAGGCUGACCUUGAAGGCCUGGCCUGUGCUCUGGCGGCCUGCAUGACCACUUGUGGCCCUUUCCUUGCUGAACUUUUUAUGUGAGAAAUUACAUUGGACUUUGUAUAUAUGAAGGUGGUUUUAUAUCAUGUUUUAUGUACUUUGAAGACUUUUUUGUAUUUAUAAUUUCCAUGACUUAUUAUUAUUUUUGCCUUGAAAUACUGUUUAAACAUGAAUUUUAAAACAAAAAUAAAAUUACUGAAAUUUUUGGAAAAACA